CUCUCUCUCUAAGCUUCUGUCUCUAGCUUGCUAGGUUAGGUAGCUAGGUGGGGGGUUUGGGGUUGGGUGCGGGUGCGAGUGCGAUGGCGAAGGGCGGGCUGAGCAAGCUGAAGUGCAUGAUUAAGCGGUGGCACUCGUCGAGCAGGAUCUCGCGCACGCCGUCGGGGUGCUCGGCGGGGUCGACGUCGGCGCGCUCGCACGGCGGCGGGGGGCGCGUCGGGGGCGAGGAAUGGGGGCGGAGCGUCCUGGCGGGCGGCGGCGGCGGCGGCAGCGGGGGAGGGGGAGCUGGGGGCGGCCUCGGCGGCGGCCGCGGCGGGUCGGUGUCGUUCCACGGCGCGGACGGCGUGCCCCCGGGGCUCCACCCGGUCUACGUCGGCAAGUCACGCCGCCGCUACCUCAUCGCCGCCGACCUGGUCGGCCACCCGAUGUUCCAGAACCUCGUCGACCGCUCCGGCGGGGGCGGAGUGGGCGCCGGCGGCGGCACCGUCGUCGGCUGCGAGGUCGUGCUGUUCGAGCACCUCCUCUGGAUGCUGGAGAACGCCGACCCGCAGCCGGAGUCUCUCGACGAGCUCGUCGAGUACUACGCGUGCUGACCGCCUACCUGCGAUCGACAAUACUCCGGCGGCGGUGGCCGGCGCCGUUGAGCUCGCCGGAGUCGGAGGCUUCUAGAAGGGGCAAUUUGGAAUGAGUUCCAGAAGAUGUAUAUGAUCAGACCCGAACUGGCAAUCCAAGUAGCUGGAAGAUCUCACCAGGAAGAUGACGGAAUGCAGCGGAAAGUCUGGAUGAACACUGCACCCUUCUCUGCUAUUGUAGGUGCCGGAUGCUGGUCAAUACCAUUGCCUAGCAUCAACGAGUAUCAAAUGGUACCGAUAGGAUAUUAGCUGAUAUCGAUAGAUGUUAGACCUAGCACUGGUCCAGUCAUCGCAUUAUUUUAAAUAAAAGGAUUUCUAUAUCAAAUAUGGUUUUACCACAUUUUUUAAACUCUACCUCUAUGAAAGGACCGACUAGUUCAGGCAUUUUUUUAAAAAAAAAACCUAUAGUUUAAGGUU